AUGAAUAACCUACAGCAACAGCCAGGUAAUACUAACUCGUGGCAUGCGAUGUAUUCCGUCACUGAUAGACAGAAGGUAGUUCAGAUUCUUAGUGGGACUUUGAAAGAGCUUCAGAAUGGAAAUUAUGACGCUCAAAAAGCGGCUAACAUGGCGCAGGAGUUUGAAAAGUUUACAUUUAUGAAAUCGCAGAGCAGAGAUGAAUACCUUCGGUUAAUCAAACAGAAGGUGACACAACUUAGAGGAGGGAUUAGAAACCCGGCAAAUGGGAAUAACAUGGGAGGAAAUAAUUCGGUGAUGAACCAAAAUAUGGGGCAAAACAUGGGCCAAGGAAUGGGUAUGCAACAGCCAAAUAUGAAUUCACAAAACAGUAUCAACUCACAGAACAACAUGAGACCCCAAAACAUGAAUUUCUUACAGCAACAAGCACAAGCCAGGCAACAAUCUGCAGCACAAAUCCAAGCACAAUUGAGAAAUAAUAGUAUUUCGAACCAACCUCCUUCACAAUCACAACCUGUCCAUCAUAUGCAACAGCAACAACAGCAGCAGCAACCACAACAACCACAGCAACCACAACCGCAACAAAAUUUACAGCCUAAUCAACAACAGCUUCACCAAAUUAGUAACAUGAUAAGAAAUGCGCCAAUUCCUCAAGCAUUAUUAUCCAAAAUUCCAAACUUACCUCCAAACGUGAAUACAUGGACACAGAUUUUUGAUUGCUUCCAGAAAAAGAUUAUUCCACAAGCAGCAAUGCCUGUUAUAAAGGAAAUACAUAAUACGCAUCUUCAGUUAACAUUGCGUCAGCAUCAGCAACAAAAGAUCAAUCAGAUGCAGAGCCAAAGAAUGAAUCAACAACAACAACCACAACCUCAAUUACCACAACAACAGCAACCUCAGGCUAUGAAUAACAUGGCAGGUGCUAUAAAUAAUUCUAAUAGUAAUACCCCGGUAAUGAAUUCUGGUAACUUUAACAUGAACAAUUUGAAUCCACAACAGAAGCAGCAAUUGUUGAGAAGACAAAUGCAACAAAGAAAUGCUUUGUCAGGUCAAAAUCCAUUAAUGCCGCAACAAGGUCAAGUACCACCUCAACCACAACAACCACAACAACCACAACAACCACCUCAGCCGUCUCAACAACAGCAAAAGCCGCAAAUGCUGCAAACUUCACCUCAAAAUCCGCAACAAGGUAAACCACCCAAUUUCACUAUUACUCCUGAUGACAUUUUGAAAUAUAGUUCUGAUGCUAUGAGGUUGUUAACUAGAUUGCAAUCAAAUGGCUCUAUUCAACCAAACCUCGAUCAAUCACAAAAAGAGAGCUUUAUACGUAAAUAUAUUCACCAUCAGAAAACUACUAUGUGGAAACAAGGUCAAAUGUCCAAUAAUAUGACGAAUGUGCCAAAUGCAGCCAAUGCAGGUAGUGCAGUUAAUCAAGCUCAAGUUCAAAGAAGACUUCAACAGCAGGCUGGAGUUAAUAAUAUGCCUAUGCAGCCCCAACAGCAACCUCAACCACUGGCUCCUCUUUCUCAACAACUGCCAAUGAUAAAUAAUAUGCAAAUGGGUAAUCAACAACCUAUGCCACACACACAAAUGAAUAAUCAGAGCUCGCCAAUGAUGCAACAAAGAGCUGCAAAUACCCCUGGGAUGCCUAUGAACAACAACAAUCCUAACGAUGUUACAAAGAAGCAGGCGGCAAUGGGUUCGUUAUCUGCUCUUUUACCUCCAUUAACAGAUGAAAUGAAGUUACAGUUGAGACAAUUGAUUGAGGAAGUUUCAAGGAACAAUGUAGCUUUGAAGGAUGUUACUAUGUUAUUGUCCCAACAGGAUAAGAAUGCAGUACGUGAUACUGUUGUUAGAAUCUCUCAACAGUAUGCAAAUGUGGAUAGCAUUAUAAGUUAUUUUUACAUUAUUACGAGAAAUGUUGAAGGAACCAAAAGAUUAAUUCAAAUGAAGUAUAUGACUAAGAAUAUUAUUGAAAAUGUGCAGCGAGGCAUUUAUUUGGCGGCACCAGACUUAUUGGAAAAGUUGAGGUCUCAAUAUCAAAAAUAUUUCGAGUACGUAAAAGAACAAUUUGCGAUUAGGAAACAGCGUAUGCAAAGUCAGCAGCUUCAAGGACAACCUCCACAACAACAGCAACAGUUUCUUAAUAAUCAACAAAGAAAUGGUCCAAUUUCAAAUCAAAUACCUCAACAACAGGUACAAGGUAUGCCUCAGCAACAAAAUGGUCAACCGCUAAUGAAUAUUGGCCCAGUUAACUCAUGGCCGAAUGUUGCACCACCAAUGCAACAGAGAAACAACAUUGGAAGUAGUCCAAUGAUUCCUAAUUCUGUUUCUCCAAUCAUACCAAAGCAAAUGCAUCCAUUUCAAUCUCCAGCUCCUAAUUUAAACACCGCUCCUCCUAAACAAGUGGGAAGGGCACAAAAUAAGAAAUCAGUUUCAGGUGCUACACCAGGAUCAACCGGAACAGGUAGAAAGAAGUCUGUUAAUAAAAGCAUUUCAUCGGUUGGGGGAAUUCCAACUCCAGCUAAUAAUGCAACAACUCCAGCAGCUCUUGCAAAUUCUAUUAAGACUCCAAACAGUAUUCCAACGCCACAAAUUCCUGCAACACAGAGCAAUAAGAACACACCAGCUGAACAACAAUCGCCGAGCUCUCAAAUGAAGAGGGCUCCUUCAAAUGCAGGCUUGAAAAUCACGGAAGAUACAGUGGGGACGAUAUUUAAUAACAGUGAAAUGGAUCCAAAACUCGCCAAGAGGAGAGAAUUAUCUGAUACAGAUUCAGAGAAAUUCUUUUAUGCAUCAUUGUCUAACUUGCUCGACCUCGAUGACUCGGCAGGAGACCACCAGGGACUUCCAACGCCAGCACAGUCAUCUUCAUCGACUGGUGGUAAGACCGGAAUUGCCAAGUCGCCCUUAUCUCCAGUUAUUACCUCCAAUGAAUGGACAUGUGAAAUCAAGCCUAUGGCCAUUACAACUUCAUUUAAUCAAGUUGACAUGAUAAGGGAAUUGACAGCAUCAGACAUUGUCCAGACAUGUGCUGAUUUAGCUCUAACUGAGGUCGAAGAGUUUUCUAAGAAAGGUGUUAAACGUGAAAAUGAUAAAAUGGAUGAUAGUGAUGAUAUUGAUAACUUAUUCUCCGAUAAGAAGCCUAAGGUUGAAGAUGAUGAUUACAAAUAUAUGUAUGAACCAGUAGAGUUUGAUGAAUGGCAAAAAUUCAUGGUUGCCAGCAUGCAAUAA